UCUCCCACUGCCGCCUUCUGCAGGCCUUUUCCACAGAGGAAAAGGAAUUGUAUUUUAUGUCCGCUAUCCAGAACCUCCACUCUUUCGACCCCUUUGCUGAUGCAAGUAAGGGUGAUGAUCUGCUUCCUACUGGCACUGAGGAUUAUAUCCAUAUAAGAAUUCAACAGAGAAAUGGAAGGAAGACCCUUACUACUGUCCAAGGGAUCGCUGAUGAUUACGAUAAAAAGAAACUAGUGAAGGCAUUUAAGAAGAAAUUUGCCUGCAAUGGUACUGUAAUUGAGCAUCCAGAAUAUGGAGAAGUGAUUCAGCUACAGGGUGACCAGUGCAAGAACAUAUGCCAGUUCCUUGUAGAGAUUGGAUUGGCUAAGGACGACCAGCUGAAUGUUCAUGGGUUUUAAGUGCUUUU